AUGGCUCCUAUGAGGCAGGAUAGUGCAACCUUCAAUAUGACCUGUUUACUUCGAGAAUGGGAUCGUGCCCCUAGGGAGAGACGCCGCCAGCUUUUACAAAACUUUAUUGAUCAGCACUGGAACCGGUCUGGACCAGAACUGGAGCUGGAGUUAGCUCAGAUGGCCAGCCUUUUUCUUGCCCGCAUAUGCGUUUGGGUGAAGUUAACUUACAUGAGCGGAACGUGCUUGACGGAGCAGCUUCAAGUCCUCUACAUCUUCCUCUCUGCAGCUAGCAGUCACAACUUUCUGGCCGAGUUUCUGCAGAAUGGCGGCAUCCUCUGUUUACAAGAGCUUUGCGUAUUGCCCGGUGCCAAAGAAGUCGACAAGUACUGGGCUCUCCGUGUACUCUCCUGCGUUGCUAAUGGUGGCACGCGUUACAAAGAAACCAUCUGUGAAUGUUAUGGUAUCCGCGCGGUGGCGGAAUGCAUGGCCAAAUCGCGCUCCGAGCGAACGCAGGAAGCAGCGCGCGACGUGCUGGAGCAGUUGGCUGAAGGAAAUCCGCGGUUCCGCGACCAGGUUUACAAGGGCCUCAUUGCUGUCUUGCCCUGUGACUCCGCCAAGGCCCAACAACUCGCCCUCCAGUCCAUUCGCAUUCUCCAGGCCACGGAUUGUGGUAAAUACCGUCUGCUUGCCCGUCUCUUACUCUCGCUCUUCGGUUGUGUGCGUGUAUGUUCGUGCGGUGCGCCUGCUCUCAACUGUCGUCCUUCCGUGCCCAUUGGUGGCGGUGCUGUCUCGCGUUUGGCUUACAUCCCCGGGUCCAUUGAGGCGAGGGGGGAGCGAGGACGACAGUGCGUUUUGUAUGGAAAUCUUUUCGCUAUGCACUUCUGUCGUCAUUUGCUCGUCCUCUUGCUGCAUUGUGCACGCCCCCAUAUCGGGAAUCCCGUGGCUAACAGGGCGCUCAUUGAUCGUGUCAAUUGCAUCAUGGAGUCCUUGCAUUUCUCUGUGCAAGCUGCCGCUCUGGAGCUUGUUCGUACCCUUAUGGAAUGUGACAUUGCCGAUGACAUUCUCAAGGCUCUUGUGCGUCUCCUUCAUCCUCAACGGGAAAUUGAACUGGGUAAACUAUUCAACGAAGCAACUAAAUCCAUCUCUGAUAGCAGUGAUGAGGAUGAUAAUGAUUUUUCUGAAACUGUCAACGAAAAUGCUGAUGAUCCGAAGAAACCUGCAGGUAAUGAUGGUGUUGAGGAGGAUGAGGUUGGUACCAUGGACGAUGGCAGACUGAUAGUAGCAAGGCCCAUCAAGACGAUGCGUCGCCGGGUCGGUGGCAGAGCCAGCCGUCGCGUCUCCUCCUAUACGACCAGCUCGCGUAGUAGUAGUCAGCACAGGCGCAGUCGACACCCGCGACGGGGCAAGGAUGGUAGCGCUUCCUCCAAGGCUUCUAUCGAUCAGACAUUCGGAAAGACUAAAGACCUCGAUGACGACCAGGCUGUUCUCCUGCCCACUCCGGCUUUUGUCCAACAGGCUUCCGCUGCCAAGUGCAUUGGUGUUCUCAUUGAAGACAGCGUCGAUUUGACCAAGAGGUUGUUAUCGCUCGGAGCACUCUCAGGUCUGCUCUACGCAAUGGGAAAUUUGGAGUAUCCUGAUAGUCAGCGCCAUGCCAGCUUAGCUGUCAAGAUGCUCUGCGAAAGGUACUUGCCAAUCAGGGAAAUCGUCUCCCAGGUAAUGGGACAAGCUCUCUACGAGGAAUUCUUCAAGAACACUGAUGAAUUUUACUUGCGCAUGACACCUCUGCAGGCUGACUUGCUGGUCUCUAGUAAAGCCAAAUUCGCAGGAAUUGACGAGAUUAGCCUGGAGAAGGAGGCGUAA